AUGGUGUCCCAGCCCGAACACCACCACUCUUCCUCCCUCCUCGCUCUGCGCGGCCCGGCCUCGGCCGUCGGCUCCUCGUCCUCCUCCCACCACCACCACCACCACCACCACCACCUGUCGCGCUCCCGGCGCUACGGCCGCUCCCACGCCGGCGGCGCCAGCUACGUCCCGCAGAACGAGUUCCCCGUCUUCAGCCACUCGGGCGACGUCGAGAUCCUCGUGCGCGUCGCCUCGGGCCACGCAAACCGCUACCUGCUGCACCGGCACACCCUCACCCGCUGCUCGGGCUUCUUUGAGGCCAGCACCAGCCAGGAGUGGUCGCGUGGCGGCGCUGCUGCCGCCGCCGCCCAGGCGCUGCUCGAGCCGCCGGCUGCAGAAGACGGGGGAGGGAACAAGGCGCUCGCGGCGGGCAACGAGCUCGCGCGCAUCGGCGAGGAUGAGGUUGGCGGUGGCGGCGGCGGCGCCGGCGAGGAUGCGGCCGGAGGUAGUGUUGGUGGUGCCACGACCGGGGCGGCGGCGGCGGUAGGCACGCCCAAGAGGAGGUGGAGAUACGAGCUCGACCCCGGGUUCGGGGAGGGCGACAUCCCCAUGCUCGUGCAGAAGGACGAGAGCUCCCCAUCCCCAACAGACAAGCCAGCGAUGUCGGCCUCGCUCUUCGGCGGCGGCCCGCCGACCACCGCCAACGGCGGUGCUUCAUCACACGGCAGCCGGCACCACCGGUCGUCGAGCGCAACGCACACGAACCAUGGCUUCUUCCGCUCCGUCGCCAACCUCAGCCUCUCCCACCACCACUCCUCCUCCCCGUCUAGCGGCCCGCCGCCCCUGCCGGCCCCGACCCAGGCCGAGCAGGACCUCCUGCGCGACUACGACAACCUCUUCCGCAUCAUGUACAACUACCCGCCCGUGCUCGACGGCGUCAACAUCGCCGACGCCUACGUCCAGUGCAAGUCCCUGCUCGCCCUGGCGGACCAGUACGACGCGCUGGCCGUCGUGGGGCCCCGCGUCGACCACCACCUGCUGCAGUUCCAGAGCCGCCUCUGGAAGCAGAUCGUCAAGUACCCCAUCUCGUACCUGCGCCUCGGCUACCUCGCGCGCUCCAAGGUCAUCUUCCAGGAGGCGCUCGUGCACGUCGUGGGCCAGUGGCCCGCCGGCGAGCGCAGCCUGCGCGCCGCGCUGCCCGACGCCGUGCUCGACAUCAUCGAGGACAAGGUCGACGAGCUCGAGGAGCAGGUCGGCCGCGUCGAGGGCCGCCUCUUCCGCCUCGGCCUCACGACGCGCAGCGGCGAGCGCGUCACCCCCGCCACCUCCUACCUCGACUGGCUCGCCGUCUCGCUCUUCCGCCAGUGGCUCGCCGACAACACGACCCCGCCGCCUUCCCCGCCGCCGCCGGCGCACCCGCCCUCCUCCUCGUCCUCCUCUGGCGGCGGCGGCGGCGACAACAACAACAACAACCGCCGCGUCCCGUCGUCCCACCACCACCACCAGCACCACCGGCAGCAGCAGCAGCGCGGCGCGACGGCCCCGACGGCGGCGACGGUGCACUUCGCCGUGCCGCCCCCGCAGACGGCCUUCCACCCGGCGCCCCUGGCCUCGCUGGGCCGCACCUACCGCACCCUCGGCGGCGCGCCGGGGAGCCCGCCCUACCUCGGCCACGACGAGUGCAAGCGCUUCCUCAAGCUGACGCCGGAGCUGUACAGCCGGGACAACCUGCGGCGCUUCGAGAAGCGCGUCGACGAGAUCAAGGCCAUGGCGCGCGACGUCGUCCGGCCCCUCAUGGGCAGCGGGCUCGAGCUCGAGAUGAGCGGCGGGGGGGGCUCCCGCGGCGCCGAGGCCAUCGGGUACCUGACCUGCACGCGGGUUGGGGAUCGGGAUCUGCCUUGGGGUGUCGAGGAGUGA